GGGCCCCAAUAACUAGUCCCAGAGGGGAUGCCCAGGGCUAAGUUGCCUGAGGACAGCAGUGCAGUUGACAUGGAUAUUCUCUUUCCUCUGGACAGUGUUAUUGAGACAGAGCUGUGCCCCAGCCCCAUUCCCCAGAUCAUCCAUUUCGUCCUCUUCGUUGUGUUCAGCCUGGUGAUCCUGAUCAUCUUACGCCCCUACAUUCCCAGGGAGCCGUCCUCAGUGCCUCCCAGAGAGGAGGACAGCGAGAAUGAUCAAGCUGAAGUGGGGGAAUGGCUCAGGAUCGGAAAUAAAUCUAUCACUUUGAAAGAUUAUAGAAUUCUAUUGAAAGAACUGGAGAACCUCGAGAUUUACACUUUCCUGUCGAAAAAGUGCCUGAAGAAGCUCUCUAGGGAGGGCAGCUCCCAUCACCUUCCACGCCAAGUCUGCCCAGGGCCAGUGUACAAACGAGCACCUGCUAGGAACCACCGGCCACGUGGGGGGCGUGGGAAAGCUUCUCCCACCAGCUUCCAUGUGUCCCCACGGGCUCCCCCGGCUCCUCUGGCCUCCAUGCCGUCAUCAGUCCCAAAGACCUCUGUAGAGUCCUUGGGGUAUCUGUCAUCCUUGAGCUCCUCCAAGCCACGAGAGCCUCUGUGUCCCCUGAAGCACCCUUCACACCGGCCACCUGCGAGCACCCUAUCACCAAACCCGACCACCUCCACAGAAUCCUUGGGGUAUCUGUCAUCCCUCAGCUCCUCCCAGUCACCAGAGCCUUUACGUCCCCUGAAGCACCUUUCACACAAGCCACGUGGGCGUUCCCCUCCCCGACGACGGAAUCCUGGCUGGGUGUCCUGGUCCGACUCCAUGCAGGCUGAUUCUGAAACUGACGCCAUAAUAUGCCCAAUGUGCAAGGCCCCUGAGCGCUCCUGUCCACACACCUGGUGGGUGCCUUCUAGCCCUCGAGUGAUCCGAGGCGUUGGUCGCUGCAGUGAUCCCGACCUGGGCCUCUCCUGGAGGCAGGAGGCUGCUAGAGCCUGGUGCCACUACACCUCCUCACAGUUCCCAUUCGAGCACCCUAAUCUUCCCACCCACCUACCAAAGGCUUCCUUCUAGGGAGACCCCACAUGCAGGCAGGUGGAGGCAGGGGUCCCGCUUUCCUCAACCUGGAUGUGCCAAUGCUGCUGGACGCACAAGACACCAAAAUCCCAGACACUCCCAUGGACACCGAAUAUCCGACAUCCACAAACAAUUGGGAAUCUCCUGAGGACAACUUGGAGGCGCGUCCCCUCAUCUGGGCACCCCACAGAUGCUGGAAAUGCGUGUUCUAAUGGAUUGGGAGAGACAGAGAUGGGGUCCAAACCUCCAGUCCCUGGAGCCCGUAAAUCUCCUUGGGAGGCUUGGUGCCCACAGAGACCUCUUCCACAGCGCUGCACACACAGAUCUUCCUUCCUAGAGGAUCUGAACUCACUUAGAAAACUGCCAGCACAGGAGGGAUAACAUCAGCUGUGCACCCCACUGGAGAACCCAGAGACUCUGGGUCAUUGUCAACAUUGCCCCCAGAAUGGGCUCUCUGCUGGGGAAGAUGCUCAGGAAUUGCUGCUCUUUUGCAAUGCCAGUCUCUCCUAACAGAACUGCAGAUUCCACGUGUAGACCUGCAAACUUCUGUUCUCUGCAGUUCCCUGAGUCACAGUUUACAUAAUCACAUUUUUUUUUUUUUUUUUUUAGAUGUAGUCUCACUCUGUUGCUCAGGCUGGAGUGCAGUGGCACCAUCUUGGCUCACCACAAACUCCGCCUCCCAGAUUCAAGCCAUUCUCCUGCCUCAGCCUCCCGAGUAGCUGGGAUUACAGGCUGGUGCCACCGCACCCAGCUAAUUUUUGUAAUUUUAGUCGAGAGAAGGUGUCACCAUGUUAGCCAGGCUUGUCUUGAACUCCUGACCUUGAGAUAUCUGCCCACCUCAGCCUCUCAAAGUGCUGGGAUUAUAGGCUUGAGCCACCAUGCCCGGAUGAAUCACAAAUUGUAAACCUGAAUAAAAUGCUGCAACCUCCAAUGAGAGGAAAAUA